CAAACGGUCGAACUUCGAACUUUGCGCGUCGCACUGAAUAACCACGUCGCGGUAUUGGUGAUCGAUAUUGCUCGCGGAUAUCGAGUUCUGUAUCAUUGUACGGGAGAGCGAACUGCGCGAAAGCCACGCGCGUUAAUCGAGAUAUGAAACGGAGUCGCGUACAAGAUAUAAGUAAGGGGGACCGGCGAGAACAGUCAGUGUUCUCCGAGUCUUGGCUUUCGAUCGUGCGCGAUCUCCAGACGCAGUAGAUAUAAAUAUAUCAAUUCCAAAGAAAGAGAGAGAGAUUUGUGAAGGCAGACAUGCGGCUCUGGGUAUUGUUAACUCUUUUCCUGCUCGUCACGGUGCUCGUAUCGGAGGCGUUCGCCGACAGCCCUGGGAAGCAAGUUAAGUCGAAGAACGGCUAUGAAAAAAAGAAGAGGGACGUGGCUUAUUCGAAGGGAGCGAGGAAGGAAGAUGGAGAAGGCAAGAAACUGCAGCCUAGAAAGAGGAAAAACAGCGAAGAAGAGAAGGUCGAAGUUCCAUCCGAGAACGUAGCUCAAAAAGAAGAGUCGGGUAAGCCGAAGACCAAGAAGUUGAGGCAACGGGAGAAUGUAGACCCGAAGAAGAGUGAAUCUCCGAAGGACAAGUCUAAGAAGAGUAGCAAAGUCGCCGCGGGGUCUGAGGAGGUUCGGCAGAAGAGCUCGAGGAAGCUGAAGGACAAGAAACUUAAGGGCAGGAAAGUCGAGGAACGAAGCGAAGAGGGUGAAAAGAAACAGGAUACUGUCAAGUCCAAAGAGGUAAAGAAGGAAAAGAAAGAGAAACUGCAGAAGAGAAAGAAGGGAGCUAGUGCGGAGGAAGUGGAGAAGCCAGUGGAAGUGAAGGAGUCGAAGAAGGACAAGAAGGCCGAGAAGAGUAGGAAGAAGCGACAGGUGGAGGUGGAAAAAAUUGAACCGGAAGUUGCACAGGAUGUCGAUGACGCGCCUAUCGAGAAGGAAGAGGCUGCAGUGCAAACUGCGAACGGGAAAGCGAUCAGCUGCCCCGUUCCGAAAAACGAGGAAAGCGUGGAAAGCGAUGAGAGUGAGGAAGUUGAACCCCAAUAAGCUUGAUUAGUUCAAUCAUAUUCUAAAGUUUACUUCGUUAUUCAAGUUUUAAAUCAUACUCGAACAUACAGAAAGUCGUCGACAUUAACUUAGGCCAGGCGGUACUCGACGUUUCCCGUAUCUCGGCGAUGAUCCAUCGGCCAAUCAGAACACCCCACGUUAUAUUAAAUCUCAUUUACUUUAUCUCUAUAUCUACAUCGAGUCGCGCGAGCAUUGUCUUAUUUACAAAUAAUGUUCCAUAAAUGUGAUCGCGCGAAUGCGUCGCAUUGCGAGACUUCAAAUGUACAUACAGACGUGAAGAAUAAAUAUUUUUGUAAAAUCGAAA